GUGAGGAGACGUGAAUAAUGUGGCAGGCAGAUAGUGUGUCGAACACAGACAUCGAAGCCCGACUUCAAGCUUCAAGCUUCAUCUCGAGUAUCCUCCUCUAUACUUCGGCCCCUUGUCGUACUGUCGAGCACUACGGUCAUCAUAGUUAUGACGCACAUCAUAGUCACGAUCGUACGACCGUCCUCCCCCACCACCAGAAUUCUUUCGGUCCCUAUCCCUCUGUCCUCUGGAAGCAGCUCCCCGAAUCUGAAUGUUAUCUGUCUCGCGUGCAGGUACAGGGAGAUCAGCAUACCUCCCCCGACCAUCGCGAUUGGAUGACCUUGGGAAGUCCACUUCGUAUCUCGUCCCUGAGAAUCGGUCUCGAUCCUUACCAAGGUCGCCGAACGCGAUCUUCUUGCUGUUCCUGUCCCUGCCACUCGAGGGAGUUCCCUUUCCUCCACCGCCUCCGCCGCCAUUCCUCGCAUUCCCAGAAGACCCUCUACCUCUCCUUGCAAACCAAUCCUCGUCAUCAUCAAGCUGCACCUCUUGAGCCCUCUGUUCCAUCCUUGCACGUUCCUUCCGUUUUCCCUGCUUACCCACAUCCAUGGGCGCUGCAAACCCAUAUCCGUCUGCCCAAGUUCCAUCCUCACGCAACCAAUCUCGUGAUGCUUUUGCCCUUCUGGCCUUACGAGAUGAUGAUGAAGUUGGCUUCUCUGCACGUGUAGGGUCGAAAAAUGGUCCAGAACGCGUGUUGUACGCACUGAAUGCUGAUGGCUCUUUGGGGAAGUCGUGCGACACCGGAGCGAAGGAUCAACGUACGUCUCCGAGGUGCCCGCUACCCCCGCAGUUGUAGCACCAUUCGUCCGUGGCGAUAUACCCUUCUCCACCUUCGCCUAUCCGUAGGUCGCUCUUCUCUUCACGAAUGCGUAAUACUUCCAGCUGUUGAGCCUCGUCCACGUACUCGUACAGUCUCCAUAAUGUGGGGCAUUCCUAUCAAUCCUUAAUGAGAACUCAAUACAACUUAUAGGGAGA